AUGUCAUUGAACUCUCCUUCCGCCAACUCCCGUCGAGGUACCGCUUCACAAAGGCUCAAUCCUCCCUCAUCUUCAACAAGGUCAAAUCCAUUCACACAACCACCUCGACAAGCUCGGAGGAAAAGUACACCUAAAAAGCAAACUCCGUUGGAAUCUCCGACGAACGACACCUCCGGUGCUGUCGUCGCCGGCUCAUGUCGUUAUGACAGUUCUCUCGGUCUACUUACCAAAAAGUUUGUGAAUCUACUUAUGGGAGCAAAGGAUGGUGACUUGGACCUAAACACAGCAGCAACCGCCUUAGAAGUUCAAAAGCGAAGAAUUUACGAUAUUACAAACGUGUUGGAAGGAAUUGGUUUAAUUGAAAAAAAUUCAAAGAAUCAUGUUCGUUGGAAGGGUACACAACAGCAACAACCAGCUAUACGCCAAGACUAUAAACGGAGAAUUGAAGAACUCAGGGCUGCAAAUGAAAAUUUGGAAUCCGAACGUCAAGAAUUAGAAAGGGCUGAACAAGAGGUUGACAUCAGUAUUAAAAAUAUAUAUGAAUCCGAAGAAAGUUCAAGGUUGGCGUUCGUUUAUCAAUCAGAAAUUGAGAACCUUAAUUCAUAUCGGGGUGGUAUCCUAAUCGCCGUAAAGUCCGUGUCAGGGAUGACACCAAACAUUCCUGAACCCAUUGAGGACGGACAACCAAAUCAACCUCGUUAUCAGGUUCAAAUACAACAUCAAAAUAAUCAACCCGUUCAGAUAUGCAGGUUAUCCGACAACCCUUUAAAUCAUCAUUUCCCCAUGACAGAUAAUCACUUUCAGUUUGGAAAUAUUCCCGCUCGUGUUUUCCCACAGCCAAGUCCACCCUUAAACGUUCAUGAUGGGGGUCAUUUACGUUUUAUAGCUCUUCCUCCACCGUUUCCGUCGACGCCAACUCCUCCCGAUGAGGAUUAUGAAAUUCUUGAUAGUAAUGACAUUCGAAGUAAUCGUCAUCAUGAAAUUGGGAGCAGUGAUGAUAUGAAUGAAGAUUUUGAUCCACUCGGUACACCUGUUAACGCGAGAGACAUAUUUGAUGUGAUGAGACACAGUGGUCGUGAAGGAUUCGUUGAUAUUUUUGGACGAGAACCAAAUCAGAGAAGUAGAGAAGGUGGCCAUAGACCUUGA